AUGGUAAGCAUGGCGCGACAUCAUCUCUGCGCUUCACUCAGCAGCUCACGCUUCACAGGAUGGGAGGUGCGCCGCUCCAACACGAAGAACCUACCAUACUACUUCCACGCCCAAACCAAAGACUCGCGAUGGGAGCCCCCGGCAGGCACCGACCCCGAGCGGUUGAAGACAUACAUGGCAGCCAACCACAGCUCCAAGGGCGUCGCGCCCGCCGCAUUUGCGCCGACCGAGGGCAAGAUUCGAUGCGCCCAUCUCUUGGUCAAGCAUCGCGACAGUAGGCGUCCAGCUAGUUGGCGGGAGCCCAAGAUUACGCGCUCUAUCGAAGAGGCGCGGGAAUUGAUAAGGAACUAUCACGCGCAGAUCAAGGCAUACGAGGAGGGCGGAGACAAUGCAAAGUCGCUGUCUGAACUCGCAACCACCGAGUCUGACUGCAGCAGUGCUCGCAAGGGCGGUGACCUGGGUUUCUUUGGCAGGGGUGAUAUGCAAAAGGAAUUUGAGCAGGCUGCUUUUGCUCUCGAGAAGGGUCAGGUUAGCGACAUGGUCGAAACUGCCUCAGGGGUGCAUUUGAUCCAAAGGCUGGAAUAGGAGACGGGCCGCGCAAACUCUAAAGCCCCGCCAAAGAAGGGCUGAGCAUGAGCUUGAGCUUCAGCAUAGCAGCGUGCGAGCCGGGGCUGCUGGGACGUGGGCCGGCUGUGACAGAAGGUUCAAAGCCGUGGAGAAAGUGGCUCAAGUUCCAAUGACGAAUCAGAUGGGUAAACCCA